AUGCCACCCACCGCACCCUCCACCACCUUCUCCUCCCGCGCCAGCAGCGUCCAGUCGCGACGCCCGCUCUCCCGCCACGAAUCCACCCAACACCUCCGCCCCGAAGAUGCAAUCUACCACUCCCCUCCGCGCCAGCGCGGAAUCCCGCCCUUGGGCCGCAGCGAUACCGUGCGGGCAGCCUCGACGAGCACGCGACGCUCGAGUCGCGACAAGCGGAAGGGGAGGAGCAGUUCACGACGACGCAAUGCGGGGACGACUCCGAAGGCGGGGAAUGGGCAGUGGAAGAAACUGCUUUGGGUGAAGCAGUCGUAUCCGGACAACUAUACCGAUGAGGAAACGUUCCUGGAUCAUUUGCAGAGGAAUCCGCGACUGAGGCCGUAUGAGUUCUGGCCGUUGGUGGCGGAUAGCACGAUUAUCGUGCAGCAUGUGUGUUCGGUUGUGAUCUUUGUGUGUUGCUUCACGGCAAUAUUUCAAGAGAGGGUGAGCCCGCAGACGGUGGUGGGAUGGGCCACAUUGUGCACGGUUGCUGGGUGGGUGUUCAGGGACUAUUGGCAGAGUCAGAGUCAUCACGAGGAGGUGCCAGCGGAGGACGAAGCGGACAGCCCUCGAAGCAUAGAGAUGGAGGCAGACUUUGGAGUGCCGUUCAAGGAGCAGAGCAAUGGCUUGACCGGCGGAUCUAAAGCAACCACCAGGAACCACUCGCGCAAUCACAGCGCUUCAUCAGUCGUCCUGAACGGCACAAGCGGCGCAAGCUCACCGAUCAACCCAAGCGAUCCUAGCCCUCUGCCGUCAAAUGGCGCUUCGUUUAUACAACCGUACGGCAGCCCACCGUCGUCCUUCUCACCCCGCAUGCAAGACCGACUCACGACCGCCAAAUCCGCCAUCCUCAUUUACUGCUCCCUGCUCGGCCUCUCGCCCAUUCUCAAAUCCCUCACACUAUCCACCUCCUCCGACAGCAUCUGGGCCUUGUCAUCCUGGCUCAUGGGAAUCAACGUCUUCACCUUCGACUACGGAGCAGGACCUGAAGCCAAGUUCCCCGCUUCUCUAUCCACCAAUGCCGCUCUCAUGGCUUCCACCGUGCUCGCGAGUCGCCUACCCAGCACAACCCACGUCUUCAGCUUGACGCUGUUCAGCAUCGAGGUCUUCGGCUUAUUCCCGGUGUUUAGACGGCAUUUGAGGCACUACUCAUGGAUAGGCCAUCUAUGGCUGACGGUCCUUCUCGUGGUAUUGGCAAGCGGUGGACUGAGCAUGACCAUCAGCGGUGGAGGAUGGACGAUGGGUUGUCUGGGAGUUGUGUUGGGUGGGAUGGUCUGCUGUUUGAGCAUGGGUCUCACGAGUUGGUGGUUGAUUGGUUUGCAACGGUACAAGAACGAGAUUCAUGGGCCGUGGGAUCCGGCAAGACCGGUCAUUAGAAGGCAUUGGGAUUGA